CAGCCCCAGUUUUCUCCCACUGAUUUUUUUCCUCCUCUGGUCAGGACGUCGUGUGUGUCUGCGCUUAUUUGAAGGCUGUUUCUUUCUAGUUUAUGUCGCGUUUUUGUGUAAUAACAAGUUAAUAACAUAGUUUACAAGUCAGGAGCCAGUGGAGAGAUUCCUCUCCCACUCACGAACUGCUUCCGAGCGGAAGAUGGCGGUCGGGAUGCUGACCCAGGCUGGAUUCCGAGGCCGAAUCCCAAACGGCUCGGUAUCGGACGCUUGAGUGUGCUACGUAGCGCGCGGAAUGUAUUUGUGUCACACCCUAUCUAGGGGCACUCCAGAGGGCGUCAGGGAGGCGUUGAGGACGCAGCCCGACAGCGGGGUCUUCCUAGCCCUGGAUAGCUAGGUUGAGGAAAAAGCUGGGCAAUUAUGUUGGAGUUUUGAUGAGUUGUUCCUCGGGAAGGACAGGGAUGGUUUUAAAGGGGGUUUUUAACACCUUUUUGUUGUCUUCAGACAUUGUUUUUGUGCUCCUGGAGACUCCGAGGAGACUUUUCUUUGCGUUAUUCUUCAGAUUCACAUUACAUUACGGCUAGCUCUCCCAUAGGUCACUGAGACACACAGACAGAAAAGUGGAUUAAAAUGUCGGAUACGAAGGUAAAAGUCGCUGUCCGAGUCCGGCCCAUGAACCGCAGGGAGAUUGAGCUGAGCACCAAGUGUGUGGUGGAAAUGGAGGAGAACCAGACCAUCCUGCUCCCUCCACCUUCCAACACCAAGGGAGAAAACAGGAAGCAGCCCAAGGUGUUCGCCUUCGACCACUGUUUCUGGUCCAUGGACGAGUGCAACAUCCCCAAAUAUGCAGGUCAGGAGGUGGUCUUCAGGUGUUUGGGUGAGGGGAUCCUGGAGAACGCCUUUCAGGGAUACAACGCCUGCAUAUUUGCCUACGGACAAACAGGCUCUGGGAAGUCGUACUCCAUGAUGGGGAGUGUUGAUCAGCCCGGUUUAAUCCCGCGUCUCUGCUGCUCGCUGUUCGAGAGAGUGGGCCGUGAGCAGAACGACUCACACACCUUUAAAGUAGAAGUUUCCUACAUGGAGAUCUACAACGAGAAGGUCAGAGACCUGCUGGACCCCAAAGGGAAUCGUAAGUCUCUGAAGGUGAGGGAACACAAGGUUCUGGGUCCGUAUGUAGACGGUUUGUCUCAGCUGGCUGUAACGAGUUUCCAGGAUAUUGAUUGUGUGAUGUCAGAGGGUAAUAAGUCUCGUACCGUCGCUGCUACGAACAUGAACGAGGAGAGCAGCCGAUCUCACGCCGUCUUCAGCAUCAUCAUCACACAGACUCUAUACGACCUGCAGUCUGGGAACUCGGGUGAGAAGGUGAGUAAGGUGAGUCUGGUGGAUCUGGCAGGCAGCGAGCGUGUGUCUAAAACCGGAGCAGCGGGCGAGAGGCUAAAGGAGGGCAGCAACAUCAACAGAUCUCUGACCACUCUGGGUUGUGUGAUAUCGGCUCUGGCGGAUCAGUCAGCAGGAAAAGCCAAGAACAAGUUUGUCCCAUACAGAGACUCAGUGCUCACCUGGCUGCUGAAGGAUAAUCUGGGCGGGAACAGUAAGACGGCCAUGAUCGCCACGGUGAGUCCGGCGGCGGAUAAUUACGAGGAGACGCUGUCCACGCUGCGCUACGCAGACCGCGCCAAGAGGAUCGUCAACCACGCCGUGGUCAACGAGGACCCCAACGCUCGCAUCAUCCGGGAACUGAGAGAGGAAGUGGAGAAGCUGAGGGUGCAGCUCACUCAGGCUGAGUCUCUGAAAGCCCCCGAGCUGCAGGAGAAGCUGCAGGAGUCGGAGAAGCUCAUCCAAGAGAUGACCGUCACCUGGGAGGAGAAACUCAGGAAGACCGAGGAGAUUGCACAGGAGAGACAGAAGCAGCUGGAGAGUAUGGGAAUCUCUCUGGAGUCCUCAGGGAUUAAGGUUGGAGAGGAUAAGUGUUUCCUGGUCAACCUGAACGCUGACCCCGCCCUCAACGAGCUGCUCGUUUAUUAUCUGAAGGAGCACACCCGUGUGGGAGCGGACACGUCUCAGGACAUCCAGCUGUUUGGUAUCGGGAUUCAGCCGGAGCACUGCGUCAUAGAUAUCGCUCCCGACGGAGACGUCACACUCUGUCCUGUAGAGAACGCCAGAACAUGUGUGAAUGGGACUACAGUUUACUCCACGGUUCACCUCUGGCACGGAGAUCGCAUCUUAUGGGGCAAUAAUCACUUUUUCAGAGCGAACCUGCCGAAGCGUAAGCGGCGUGACCGUUUGAAGGAUUUGGAGCGCGAGUCUCCCCGCUCGAGCUUCGUGGACGUGGACGUGGAGACGGCGAGCGAGGCUUCGUCUGAGCAGGACUACAGCUACGAGUUCGCUCAGAUGGAGGUCAUGAUGAAAACGCUGGGGAGUAACGAUCCUGUGCAGAAUGUGGUUCAGGUGCUGGAGAAGCAGUAUCUGGAGGAGAAGCGCUCGGCGUUAGAGGAGCAGCGUCUGCGUUACGAGCGAGAGCUGGACCUGCUCCGCCAGCAGCUUUCUCCGGAAAGAUCCUCCCAGCACCACCAACGCAGCAACAGCGACCGCCUCACCUUCCCCACACACACCAAGAUGCGCCUGUGGACCGAGGACAGGGACGAGCUCUUCCGGCAGAGUUUGUCCCGGCUGCGAGAGCAGGUGCUUCGCGCUAACACGCUUGUCCGAGAGGCUAACUUCCUGUCGGAGGAGAUGGGCAAACACACCGACUACCAGGUGACGCUGCAGAUCCCUGCUGCACACCUGAGCGCCAAUCGCAAGCGAGGAGCAAUCGUGAGCGAGCCGGCCAUCCAGGUGCGUCGCAAAGGGAAAGGCACGCAGGUGUGGACCAUCGAGAAGCUGGAGAACAAACUGGUGGACAUGAGGGACCAGUACAGGGAGUGGAAGGAAGGAGGACGGGACGCGCCCGCUAAGCCGCCCAGCAAGUACGCCGACCCGUUCUACGAAGCCCAGGAGAACCACAACCUGAUCGGCGUAGCCAACGUUUUUCUAGAGUGCCUCUUUCAGGAUGUCAAGCUUCAGUAUGCAGUUCCCAUCAUCAGCCAGCAGGGGGAGGUGGCGGGCCGGCUGCAUGUGGAGCUGAUGCGAGUGUGUGGGGCGGUGCCAGAGCGUCUGGUGGGCGGAGACGACUCGUCUGAGAACUCGAGUGAGAGCGGCAGCUACGAGGUGAUGGACACCAACGGAGACAUCGUCCACAUGGCCAAGAAACUCACCUGCAGGGUCCGGAUCCGUAAAGCGACCGGUUUGCCGCUCAACCUGUCCAACUUUGUUUUUUGUCAGUACAUGUUCUGGGAGCAGGCGGAGCCCGCUGUGGCCCCGCCCAUGGUCAGCCCAGACACGCCUCCUUCUCGUACUGCGGAUGCGCAGUUUACUGUAUUGUUUGAUCACUGCAAGGACUUCGUGGUUCACGUCUCCGAUGAGUUUGUAGAGUUUAUCUCAGAUGGAGCGUUGGCCAUCGAGGUUUGGGGGCAUCGCUGUGCGGGGAACGGACACGCCCACUGGGAACUGAACACACUGCAGGCCAGGACACGCACACUCCGGGACAGGUGGAGUGAGGUGUCGCGCAGGAUUGAGAUGUGGGUGUCCAUACAGGAGCUGAACGAGCAGGGCGUGUACUCCGCCGUGGAGCUCCACCCCAACAGAGACAUCAGCACCGGGGGCGUGUUCCAGCUGAGACAGGGUCACUCUCGGAGGCUGCAGGUGUGUGUGAAGCCGGUGCAGCACUCGGGGACGUUGCCGCUGUUAGUGGAGGCUGUUCUGUCUGUCUCUAUCGGCUGUGUGUCUGCUCGAUCCGCUAAACUCCAGAGAGCCCUCGACAGCUACCAGAGGGAGGAGGAUGACGAUAUGGAUAGUUAUCAGGAAGAGGAUCUGAACUGCGUGCGUGAGCGCUGGUCCGAGGCGCUCGUCAAACGCCGCGAGUAUCUGGACGAACAAUUAAAAAAGAUCAUGAACAAAUCAGAGAAGUCUGAGGAGGAUGUGGAGAGGGAGGCGCGGUUAGUGGAGCAGUGGGUGGGGCUAACUGAGGAGCGAAACACUGUGUUGGUCCCAGCACCUGGCAGUGGCAUCCCUGGAGCUCCUGCUCAGUGGGCGCCCCCUUCAGGCAUGGAGGCUCACGUCCCUGUUUUGUUUCUGGACCUGAACGCUGAUAAUCUGACGGUGAGCGAGCAGCUGACCGGGUCACACGCCGCCGGGGUCAACUCCAUCCUCCCUAAAGAACACGGCAGCCAGUUCUUCUACCUUCCCAUCAUCAAACACAGUGAUGACGAGGUGUGUGUGACGUGCUCUUGGGAUUCGUCCAUUCACGACUCUAUCUACCUGAACCGCGUGACCGCGCCUGGCGAGCGAGUCUACCUGAUCAUCAAAGCCACGGUGCAGCUCAGCCACCCGGCCAGCAUGGAGCUCGUCCUGCGCAAGAGGAUCGCCGUCAACAUCUACAACAAACAGAGCUUCACACAGAGUCUGAAGAGGAGAAUGUCUCUGAAAAACAUGCUGCACUCCUGUGGAGUUAUGUAUGAAAUCGUCUCCAACAUACCAAAGGCGUCUGAGGAGCCGGAGGAGAGGGAGACGCUGGCGUUAAUGGCGGCGCGCAGUGAAGCCGAGGAGACGCAGGAUGGAGAGACGUACAUCGAGAAAUACACGAGAGGAGUUCUGGAGGUGGCGAAUAUCCUGUGCCUCGAGAGACUGCGACAGGCGGUGACAGUGAAAGAAGCGCUCUCAGUUAAAAGCAGACACAUACGGAGAAGCCUGAGUUCUCCCAACGUCCAGCAUACCUCAUGUUGUAAGUCAGACGUGAUGGCGUGUGGUGAAGAUGGCGAAGACCCCAAAGGUCACUGUGAGGUACAACACGAUGCCUCGGACUGCUCUCAUCACGACACGGCGGUCUCCAUGGCAACCACAAAAGACACGCCUCUCAAAAGCAAGGAGAAUCACGGCUCGGUUCCGGACAGUCCAACGUUCUUCAACUCGAGUCCGUUUAAAGCGCUCUCGCCUCAGCCGCCCAAGUUCCUCAAAUCUCUCAUGCCUGUUCGGGAGGAGAGCAAAGCCAAGCGCGUGCUAGAAGCUCGGCCUCUGCUGGGGCAGGAGAGCAUGCGCUGGUUAGUGGCUCGGGGUGGCCCCUGGCUCCGCCCACGGGCUCGGAGUGAGGGCCACUGCAGCACGACAAACCACACCCACCUCAGAGUCACACCUACACACACUGCUGAUUCGGAAGAGGAGGAGCCCGAGGUGGGCCGCUGCGCUGUUCCCACCUCUGUUUCUCUCCGUCACUUCCGAGCGUACAUCCCUGAGGACUUCGCCAACUUCGAGGUGUACAACGCCAGCCUGUGCGGGGGCGGAGACUUCCCGUCGGGCGUGGCCUCGUUGCCUGGGGGCGGAGGGGCGGAGAAGGGAGUGUCUCGCAGUCCUACGGCAAGCAGCUGUACGAGCGGAUAUUUCUCCCACAGCACCUCCAACGCCACGCUUUCAGACGCGCCCUUCUCCGGCAGCGAGAGUUCGGAUCGUCUCAGCGUGGGCUCCAGAGACGCCGCCGAGCUCCAGGAGCACGCCAGAAACUCCCUGACCGCUAAAAGUGCCUUAAACGAGGCUGCUCACGUCCGCGCCUCGUCUUCUCACUCGAACACCAGUCAGGAGUUCACGGACUUCAAAGGCGCCGGGGAGGAAUUCGGAGAGGACGAACGCGAGCACUUUGACUGGCACGCGCAAGCAGAACGCGCCGGGAUCUCCCCCAAACAUCCGGCACACGUGAGCACUAAUGUUCUGGCUGCACCGUGCCACCUCCACAACGGCAGCGAGGGUCCGUCCUCGUCCUCGUCCUCGCCCGGGACGCCCCCUCGCCCCACUGCCGCAGAGCACACGGAGCGCAGAAAUGGAGACAGAAUUAGCCCCGCCCCCUCGAGUGAGGACGAUGAGGGCGCGCCGGUGGCCCAGCUGCCCGACUGGAUGGCACCUGGAGAGCAGGUGUGGGUGGGCACGAGGAGCGGCACAGUGCACUAUGUGGGCGGAGUCGAGUUCGCCCAGGGCAUCUGGGUAGGAGUGGAGCUGGACUGUGCUGUAGGUAAACACAACGGCACGGUGCAGGGUCGAGUGUAUUUCCGCUGCGCCACGGGUCACGGCGCGUUCGUGCGUCCGGCCUGGCUCAGUAGAUCGCCCGUCUCCAUGGACACCGACCCACAGCUCCAACCCGUACUGCUGUAGCAAAGACACGCCCACUUAUUAUGGGAUGGUUUCGGUUCAGAGCUGAUAUUUAACACAUCAUAUCGUAUCACGAUUCUUUUAUCGGGAUGCGAAAUUCUCCAUGAGGACAAACGCAACGCUGGAUUUUUUUUAUUCAUCCGUAAUACGAGCGCUUCCUUCAUAACAUAAUACAGGGAACAUCAUAACAGUAUAGCGUGUUAAAUAUCACAAUGUAGUGUAGAACUGAUUGUCGGCACAUACCUAGCGUAGACCUUUCUCUCUCUCUCUCUUUAUUUCCCUGUGUAUUUAAAUUUUUUGAGAAAAAGAAAAAGAUCCCUCUUUGAAUGUCAAAUGCACCGUUGCACAAAUUCUCCCUCACAAUAUCUUAUGAUUUUUAAGCUCGAACUUAACUUCAAGCCAGCUUCCGUUUUAGGCCUUAUUUUACCACUUUGACUGAACGCGGCCGAGCGACGACGAAGUUCAGCUUCGGAGGUGAGGCUACGAUCCGGAAAAUCCGCUGAAGUUGAGAAAGUACUACUGUUUAUUCACGUGAUGAUAUCAGGUGUUACCAAAGACGCUUCCGAUUUGCUGUUUAAAACUGAAACCGUCUGUGUUCUCCUCGUGCGUGCGUGCGUGUGUGUGUGUGUGUGUCUGUGUGUGUUAGACAUGCGCCAGUGUUAUUGCAGUAUCGUCACGAAGGCCGCGCCAUAUUUGACAUUUUUACCGUCGAGACGAUUUUUUAAAAAUAAAUCGUCUCGCCGCUCUGACGUCAGAUUAAUCUCCUGCGAUGAAUAAGAGACUUUAUGAAGUAGCUGUCCUCACGCUGUGCUUUUAAAAUGGCACAAAUGUUAUCUCGGAGCACAAACGUUUAUAUCUUUAUACGAUACUAUUUAAACAUGCUUGUAGUUUUAGUGAAAAGCUCAAAGCAGCAGUGUAUUUAACUCUUUAAUGCAUGCAGCAGUUCGUUUAUCUGCUUUUAUUUAUUUUAUUUUUUUGACAGGCAGGAAAACAGAGCUACUGUUUUCCUGUGUAACUGUAAAAAGCGGGCUUUAACGUUUACAUAACAGCAACAAGAGCGUUAAGUCCUUCCUAGAAGAUAGAACUUUUACACGAUUACUAGGUGGCAAAAAAACCCUCUUUGGUCUGGAAGCUCAUGGUCUGGAAGAUGCAGUCAUUUGAAUCGUAAUCUCAUGCAUUUUGUGUUAUUUUUAACUACACGAUACUUUCCACCAUUGAACACGACUGACCUAACACGUCUGUCGCUUCUCAGACACGCCCUUUUCUGCGUUUUAAAACAUUUGGUUUGGUUUCAGAUGGAGACGAGAGAAAAGAGUGAACGCUUCCCGAGAAUUCGUUAACAGCGUUAGUUUGCGAACGAUGAAGAAGGAGUAGAGAUUAUUGAGUAUUUAUAAAAGGACCAGAGUUACGGGGAAAUCGCCUCGAUAAGCCCGUUGUCGCGUGUUGUUGUUUUUUUGGUUUUUUUUUUUUUUAGAUUAUAAUAAAUUCACGAUUGUUGCUUCGGUUCUUUUUCGGUCGUUUCCUUUUAAAUCGAUCCGGUCGCUACACCUCAGUCGCUUCCUGAAGAUGAAUUUACGAACCUUUCAGUACUCCUGAUCGGCGCCCCCUAGUGCCCUACAGCGUGCUUGGUGGAGGCGUAUUUAUUAUCAGCUAAUACGUACAGUAUGUAACGUAUAGUCAUUAAAUCCUGGAUUUCUCCAUCGCGGAAAUGAAUGCAGAAUUCGAGCAAACUCCGGGGUUUUCCGAGGAGCUUGCCGUUUUUUUUUUCUCCAAUCAAAAUCACCGCCGAUUUGAGCAGAGACGCGUCACGUGACGCGUUCAACCAAAGCCCUCUUCGAUCCACGCGCGUCGAACACGAGUACAGCGAAAAGGUCUCGUUUACCGACAAACGUCACCGCGACAGAGCGUGCGGGACAAUUUCGUGCGAUUGCGAUUUCGCCAGUCCGAGUAGUUUUACGCUAAAAAAAAAUAGUCGUGUUGCAAAUUUUGAAGCAAGCCGCGGCAAAAUCGAGCGCUUCUGAUAUCCCGUACGGACCGAAUAAAGUGUUCCAUGUCACUGCUGUAUCUGAACAUCCUACUCGCAGGAGCAUCGGCCAUUUUGAAGCGUCCGUAGCGAUAAAAAAUAAAUCGCUGUCGCAUGUCGUGUGAGUGUGUGUGUGUGUGUGUGUGGAGAGAGAGUAUGCGUGACUGAUUCUCACUUAAGUGCCAUAUCUUUGGUUUCAACGCCUCACACUUUACGAUUGUGGUAAGAAGUUUGUAACAGGAAGUUGCCUUGUUUUCUUACUGGUUUUCUGAGUACUGUAUCUGUGUAAAGAACUUUAUUUUGGGAACUGUUGCCUGAACGCUUGCACUGGAGAGACGUGUCCUGGAUGCACAGAGCCUCCCGAGAGGCUCGAUACGGGGAGAGAGCUGCAGAUCUGACGCAUUAAAAGCACCUUGGUUCAUGCCUCGUUCCGUAACGCAGGGCGAGCUCGGACUUCGCCUCGGACACAUCGCUGACGCUGUUUGACUCGUCAGUCCCUCUUUUUUUUUUUUUCCCGUUUUUUUAAUCCGCAGCAGCUUUUCGGUUGUUUAUUUGUAUUGUGUUCUGACUAACGAGUAACAUCUUACUUUGUAACGAGCAUGUGCUGAAAAAAAGCAUCGUUAUCAUAUUUGAUCACGUCAUUUCUUUAUCACUGUUUCACGUUCUAUCACGAUGUAACAACACGUAUCGGUCCGGUUGUAAAGGACACGUUACAAAGCUGCCUUCCGAUUCGUCUAAAACAAGCUGGUGUAAUGACGCUCGCAAUAACAACACUGUGUGUUAAUAUAUCACGAUCAGAUCGUAUAACUGAUAAUCAGCACAUGCCUUAUUAUUAUUAUUAUUAUUUUUAUUUUUUUUUUAUACUCAUGCAACUAAAUGGAUAUAUUUUUUAAAAGGUAACAGGACGAGGCGAGACGGACGCGCUCCGCCUCGUGACUCGAGGAAUCGGUGCGGUUAAAGACUAUUUUUCAGCUGAAGAACUAUCGUGGAAGUGUGUUUGUUCGUAAUGCUGUAACUGUGUGUGUGGAUGGAAGAAAAACCCAAGCCCUUACUCUGGAAGACAAGCUGCUCUCCUUCACGAGGACUUGUACAUAGAGCUGUAUUUGAACCUAUAUAAUGUACAGAACUGUAUUUAUAUUGUAUCGAGAGAAAAAUGGGUACAAAGAUCUUCUAGAAUACAGAACGUUUACAGUUUAAAGUGUCCGUGUCUGACUUUGUGUUUACACGAGAGUUGCAGUCGGGCCUCUUCCUCAGACGUGACCUUACAGGCGCACGUGAUCGGUUAGAGUCACUGUGGAGAGGGUGACGGUAUGACAGUAAGGCCAAAAGUAUGUGCACCCCUGACCAUUACAGCCAUACGGUAUGUUGUUCUUCGUCAAGCUGUUGCCACCAGGUUUGAAGCACACCAUUGUACAGAAUGUGUUUGAAUGUUGUAGCGUUACAGUUUUUCUGUCAGCGGCACUAAGAGACCCGAACCUGCUCCGUGAAGACGUGGUGUGCGACGGUCGGAAGAAGGUCGAAGAACUUGAGUGUCCUGCACAGAGCCCUG